UAAUUACCAUUUAAAAUUAAUACUUGGUUUAUUAUGGACUACUAUUUAUACCAAAUUGAGAAAAAAACAGUGUUAGCCAAUAUGUACUUAAUGGAGUAAAAAUGGAGUCUUCAAUGUUAUCUGGAACAUAAAUCAAUAUGUUCCCUCGGUUGACAGGGUGUUGUUUGAUCCUGUGCAUAUUGGAAUCGUUGCUAGGGAGCGCCAGGUGCAAAUGGGUUGAGGGUAAUCUCAACACUAAGGAGAAUUGGGCUUUCCUAUCGCGCUUUUGUUUCCUGUCACUAGAUGGCCAAUUCGAAUAUCUGAUAGAGUAUGAUAAAGACAUGGGUAUACCCAACCUUUUGUUAUAUUAUGACGAUGACAGCCAGUGGCCUGCAGUCUACCACAGUACCAAGACAUGCAGAGAACGAGAGGCGGUUCUCAAUAAAGCUGGUCAGAAUCAAAUGAUAAAACUAUCGUACUGGUACCCGGACACUGAGUUUUCUGGUUGCAUCAUCAGAAAAGCCAAUAAAGAAUUACCUGCUGAAAAAAGCACAACAGUAACAGCGUCAACGACUCCCUCAUUACCAACAAUAAAGAACUCGACAACAAAAAGGAAAAAUGGCACAAAAAUAGAACAUCCUUUAGAUCCAGCUUAUUACGAUCAGUUCCUAAAAACUACCACUCCAAAAACAAAAGCUACUAACAAUGAUGGAAAUUUUACUACCUGGUUCGAAAUACUACCAACUGACGAGUUAAAUUUUACAACGGUGUUGCCAGAAGAAGAUCUUUGGGAGAGUGUUGGGACGAACAGAAGUGAUAGUCAAUUUGAAAAUUUGAAAGAUGUAGAAAUAUUGUUCGAUAACCGUAGUAAUGCUAAACAUAAAAUAAAGCGGUCUACAUUUGAACUAUAUGAACAUUACCACCGACGGCGUCUUGCGUCGAAUCAAGCUUAUACUAACAGUAAGAGGAAUGAAAAUAAUAAAAAUGACAAUAUGGAGAGAAUUGUUGUAUCGUGCCAUAACUCUAGACGGUUCCGAUCUGCUAGAGAGAGAUGGUGGUUUAUAGCAAUCAGCAAUUGUGACAGUUCUAAGGGUUUGGAUGUGCGAUAUAAAUUUCUAAUGACAAAUGGCCCCGAUGGUGAUUUUUGGCAUGAACACUUUUCUGCUGACGAGUUUUACGUACUCCCAGUGUUGCUAGCGUACACGUUUGCAUACGUCAUAGUGAUGAUCGCAGUAGUGAUGUGCAGCGUUGAGCUCAAGUCUCGUCACCUUCUACAUUCCACAUACAAACUCUUCCUAAUAUCCAUAGUGGCCCAACACAUAGGGGUGGUCAUGCAGAGUUUAGCGUAUAUACGGUACGCUGUUAACGGUGUUGGUAGCGUCAACGCAAAAGUUAUUGGCCAAUUUUUCUGCGGUGUGUCAGAAACCACGUUUCUGCUGUUAGUCAUUCUGAUGGCUAAAGGAUACACGAUCACGCGGGGUCGGCUCAAAGUGGGGUUCACUGUUAAAUUGACGAUAUUCAUGUGCUGUUAUAUAGUCACAUAUAUUGUCCUGUUUGUGUACCAGGCUAAAGCUUUCGACCCUGGCGAGGUUUUGUAUCUAUACGAGAGUCCGGCAGGGUACGGGCUGAUUGUGUUGCGAAUACUUGCAUGGUGUGUUUUUGCUUAUUCCACUUUCUUCACUGUCAAAAAAUAUCCAGAGAAGAAUAUGUUUUACUGUCCGUUCUUCAUUUGUGGCACUAUCUGGUUUCACGCUGGGGCACUGUUCAUACUCACAGCUAACUCAUACAUAGACAAAUGGGUGAGAGAGAGCGUAGUGACGGCCGUCUUACUCUUCAUCACAUUUAGUGGACACAUCAUGUUUUUGCUACUGACGUUACCUGUAUUUGCCAAUAAGAAUUUCCCGUACCAUGUCCGUACCACACAAAUAGGAGUUAUGGAGAUGACCGGCAACGCAGCCUUAGACAGUUUUGGUCAUAAUGCAUACCAUCCCAGCAACGGAACCGCGCAGACUGUAAUCAUUCCGUUGACUAGACGUACAGAAGAACUAAUUGGGAAUAUGUAUAAUCAGUACAUGGCUUCAGCUCCGCCGCUUUCACUCGAACACCAGACACCGAAAUUAAACGGAAUACCGAAACGAAUCGACGACUCGUUGUCACCGAAAAACCGACUUGUUCAACAAGACAGCACUGACACUAAUACUUCUGAAGAUAUAAAUCCAGUGUUAAAUGAGAAUAGAGAAGUCUUUACAGUUGAAAAUCAAAUGAGGAAGAUUGAUACUGUAUUGCCACAAGAAAACAGAUUAAAGACUGUAUUGCCACAUGAAAGCGUCAAUUUGCCGUCUGUGUUGCCAUACGAGAAUGGUAUUCCAUUAGUAUUGCCAUAUGAAAACGGCGUGAAAUUACCAAAUUCGGGGAUUGAGUCUAGGAAUGAUUUACCCAGUGUGUUGAGAUCUAGAAGGAAUAUUCUAGAACCUAUUAAAAGGGAGGAAGCGCCGGUGCCUUCGUGGUCAUUAGCAAAAGGACCUUGUGUGAUUUCCAUGCAAAAGAAAGCAAAGCCUGUAGAUAAUGAAGAACCACCUAACUCUCCCAAUGGAAGUAUAUCAAUACCGAACGGAAAGAAAGUGCCGCCAGUGAGAAACGGCCUACCAAGUUCGGGUGAAAUUUCUACUAUACACGAAGGGCAUGUGCAAUCUUACCAGAACACUGUCAGCAAAGCUACCAUAGAUCUGUUUAGUGUUGCUAGUAAUAAGGAAUAAUGUUUAACAGUAGUAGAUUUUAAGUCCUAAUCAAGAAUGUAGGCUAAUGUUUACAUAUUUGU